AUGGACAACAACAUGGAAGAUUCGGGCAAUCGUAAUCCAUGUGCUGCAUGCAAGUAUCAGAGGAAAAAGUGCUUGUCUGACUGCAUAUUGAGGAAGCACUUUCCGGCUAACCUCGCGGAUGAUUUCAGAGCGGUUCAAAAUGUUUUUUCCAUCGCCACUCUGAAAAAAAUGAUCGAAAAAUCUGAAGUUCCGGAACAAGAAGUAGUAGUAAAGUCCAUAUAUUGGGAAGCUAGGAUGUGGGAUCAAGACCCUGUGCAUGGACCUUAUGGUUCCUAUAAGAAACUCAAACAAGAGCUUGAGGAACUCAAACGAGAACAAAGAAACGAUAAGUAUCGUAGAUUGCAAAAUAUGACUCAACCGCCGCUGCCGCCACGGGAUAACAACAAUUCUCUCGAUUGGAAAGUGGGAAAUCAAGAACUAGGUGGUCACUCCAGUUGUUUGCCUACAAUAAAUCAGGGAAUGCUGUCGGCAAUUCAAUCAAGAUUUUUGCAGCCAACACAGCAAAGCCAAGGCAUUGGGAGAAAUAUGGGGUCGUCUCCUUUUUCUUAUCCUAGCACGAGGACUGGGGAAUGGAGUGGAAUCCAUAAUAUUGGAUCAAUUAAUCCUUUUGCUGCUCCUCUGAUUAGAGAUGGAUCAGAAGAUUCCCAAGCAAUAAAUCAAGAUACAGAAACUCUUCAGGCUAUAUGUCAACAACAAUAUCUGCAAACUAUGGAGCACAAUGCACCACUAGGUAAUGGUAAUCUCCAGUAG